GGUUCCUUCCGGUGUACCCCCCUCCCUCUCUUCUCUCCCGCCCUCCGGCACUCGGCGCUGGGGCCGGGAGCAGCGGGAGCCAUGGCCCAGCCCGGCCGAGCCCACGGCGCCGGGCAGCAGGCCUACAGCAACGGUCCUGUUCAAAACCCAUUGAUGCAUUCAUCACACGUGUCAGAUGGCCAGAGAUAUAACUCUCCAGGAUUGUACUCGCAUCCGAUACCAACAAAGCCUCCCCUGCAUCCUUCUCCUGGACAGUAUAAUUAUGGUGGUUCCCAGAAUGUUUCUCAAUUAAGUAAUUAUCAGGGACCUGGCCAGACUCUUAACAGAGCACCUGUAGGACCUAUUUCUGCGGCACCUUUGCAACAUACAGGUUCUUCUCCCCAAAUGCCACCUCCAUCACAAAAGUCAGCUGCCAUAUCAUCUGCUGGUAGCUUCCUUCCUGGAACUAACCCCCCAGCACUUUCAAACUGGCAGUAUGGGCAGACUACUGUGAGUCAGCCAGCUGGGUCUCAAACAAGCCAUUUUGCUCACGUAACAGGAGCAGCACCAACCCAGCCAUCAGCGUCAUCACCAUCAUCUUUGGGAAAUACAAAUCCUCCAACAAGCUAUCAGUAUGCAGCUUCUCCUGGAGUUCCCCCACUUCCAAACAGCUACAUGAAACCAGGAUCUGCUCCUCCACCAGUGAACCAGCCUUUACCUUCGACAUACCCUCCUGCUAGACCUCCCCUAGGACCCCCUCCGUCUGGAGGGCCACCCUUAGGAAGACCUACUGCAGCCAUGACAAGCCCACCUAACAGCUCUGUGUCCCAGGCUCUGCUAAAUUCAGCUACAAACCAGGAAGGUGAUGCCACAUCAGCUACCGGUGAUGGAUCUUUGGUCCAAAAUAGUUAUGAUGCAAUAGAAGGGGGAGGCUUCAUGGCAAGCACGCAUCCUUCUCCUGCUUCCCAGAAUCUUAAAAUGGGUAGGAGUGUCGGGUAUUCUUAUCCCAGCUUGCCACCAGGCUACCAAAAUACUUCACCUGGAGUGCCAGGAAUGCAGCCCCCACCCAUGCAAUAUCCAGAUGGGCCGCAGUCAUUCCAUCAGCCUGCCUUGGGCACAAAUCACCUGGCUGCAUCUAUGGGUAGCUUAAGUCUGCAACCAGAAGGAGUAAGACUUGUCAAUCUUCUUCAGGAAAGGAAUAUUCUUCCCACAGCCCCUUUGCAGGCUCCUAUUCCAAACUUGCAUGAAGACAUCCAGAAACUCAACUGUAAUCCAGAGUUGUUCCGAUGUACCCUGACUAACAUUCCUCAAACUCAGGCCUUAUUGAAUAAAGCCAAACUUCCUUUGGGGCUCCUGCUUCAUCCUUUCAAAGACUUGUCGCAAUUGCCUGUGGUCACCUCAAGUACAAUAGUGAGAUGCCGUUCCUGCCGAACAUACAUUAACCCCUUUGUGAGCUUUCUAGACCAAAGGAGAUGGAAGUGCAACUUGUGUUACAGAGUGAAUGAUGUUCCUGAAGAAUUCAUGUACAAUCCUGUGACAAGGGUCUAUGGAGAACCUCAUAAAAGACCUGAAGUUCAGAAUGCUACUAUUGAGUUCAUGGCUCCUUCUGAAUACAUGCUACGUCCACCUCAGCCUCCUGUGUACCUCUUCGUGUUUGAUGUUUCCCAUAAUGCAAUAGAAACGGGAUAUUUGGACACGGUCUGCCAGUCCUUGUUAGAUAAUCUUGACUUGCUUCCUGGGAACACUAGAACAAAAAUAGGCUUUAUAACAUUUGACAGUACAAUCCAUUUCUACAGUCUUCAGGAAGGUCUCUCUCAACCACAGAUGCUAAUAGUUUCAGAUAUUGAAGAUGUGUUUAUACCAAUGCCAGAGAACUUAUUAGUAAACCUCAAUGAAAACAAAGAGCUAAUUCAAGACCUACUGAGGACCUUGCCACAGAUGUUUACCAAGUCUCUGGAAACUCAGAGUGCUCUGGGACCUGCGUUACAGGCUGCCUUUAAACUGAUGUCCCCUACUGGUGGUAGAAUCUCUGUCUUCCAGACACAGCUUCCAUCUGUAGGAGUGGGAGCACUGAAAUCCCGAGAAGAGCCAAACCAAAGAGCAUCUGCAAAGGACAUACAUCUUACACCAUCCACUGACUUCUAUAAGAAGUUAGCUUUGGACUGCUCGGGGCAGCAAGUUGCAGUUGACUUGUUUCUUCUUAGUGGGCAAUAUUCUGAUCUGGCUUCAUUAGGCUGCAUAUCACGGUAUUCUGCUGGUAGCAUCUAUUACUACCAAUCUUAUCAUCAUAAACACAACCCUGUUCAGGUGGAGAAGUUACAGAAGGAGUUGAAAAGAUACUUAACUAGAAAGAUUGGCUUUGAGGCUGUCAUGAGGAUACGGUGCACCAAAGGUCUUUCCAUCCACACCUUCCACGGGAACUUCUUUGUACGAUCCACAGACUUGUUGUCCUUACCCAACGUGAACCCCGAUGCAGGGUAUGCUGUACAGAUGUCAGUGGAGGAGAGUCUUACUGAUAUGCAGGUUGUUUCUUUUCAGUCAGCGCUUCUGUACACCUCCAGCAAAGGCGAAAGAAGGAUUCGUGUCCACACUAUGUGUUUACCAGUUGUAACAACACUGAAUGAUAUCUACCUGGGGGCUGAUGUGCAAGCUAUUACAGGACUGUUGGCUAAUAUGGCUGUGGACCGGUCAGUUUCUGCUAGUUUGAGUGAUGCUCGGGAUGCCUUGGUGAAUGCUGUGAUUGAUUCCCUAUCUGCUUAUCGGUCUUCAGUCCUAAGUGUUCAGCAGCCUGGUCUCAUGGCUCCCUUUUCCCUACGACUCUUUCCACUUUAUGUGCUGGCUCUCUUAAAACAGAAAGCAUUCCAAACUGGAACGACAGCCCGUUUAGACGAACGCAUUUUUACUAUGUGUCAAGUGAAGAACCAGCCCCUAAUUUACCUCAUGCUCAUGACCCAUCCCAGUCUGUACAGAAUUGACAAUCUCACAGAUGAGGGAGCCCUCAACAUCAAUGAUAGAACCAUACCUCAGCCACCCAUCCUUCAAUUGUCUGUGGAAAAGUUGAGUAGGGAUGGUGCUUACCUUAUGGAUGCUGGCUCUGUGAUGUUUAUGUGGAUUGGAAAGAACUGUGGACAGAAUUUUAUUAACCAAGUCUUUGGGGUUCCAAAUUAUGCAUCUAUACCACAGAAUAUGACGCAUCUUCCAGAACUUGAUACAGCUGAAUCUACCAGAAUCCUAGCUUUCAUCUCCUGGCUGAGAGAGCAGAGGCCAUUUUUUCCUAUAUUGUAUAUAAUAAGGGAUGAAAGUCCACUGAAACCAAGUUUCCUACAGAAUAUGAUAGAAGACAGAACAGAAUCUGCCUUAUCAUACUACGAGUUCCUUCUGCACAUUCAGCAGCAAGUGAAUAAAUGAACCACUGGGUUGUAUGGCUCACUUGCUUGAGGAAAGUUUCCUGCAGUAAAGAACACUUGCGCUUUUAAUAUCUUCUAUUAAAUUUGUGGCCUGAUGCAGUCGAUGAGAAGCUCUCACUGUGAUUUCAACCAAGUAAAGCAAAUAAAGGACCACAACUAAGAAUCAAAUGUGCAACUACAUGAAAUAGUACUUCUUAAAAUUGAAAUAUGUGAACUGGUUGGGCACCUUUAAUUUGCUGCAAAUUAUGUUUUUACUGUAAGUAGUUGCAGCAUGAAUACAUUUACAGAGGCAAUAUUGAAGAGGUGAAAUACAUUUUGUAAAAUAAAGAGUUCUUUGUUGUUCAGAAUGUAUAUUUCUGUAAGUUGUUUUGCUUUUCUGUUUGUUUUUUGCUGCUAGAUAUAAAACCUCACAAUACUGAUUUGAUUUGCAGGGAAAUUCUUAUACAGUAUAGCCACUGAUUUAACAAUUGAGCAUUACUUUUUAAAAGCAACCUGGUAUACUGAAAGUAGCAAUGAAUUCAUUGUGAAGUGAACAAAUAUAAAAAAUGUUUAUGAAAUUUAGAAUUCAGUGUUUAGAAAUGGGUUGUUUAAGACUAAAAGUAAGCUUAAACUGCCAUAUUGGAUGGAGAGACUAUGAAGUAGUUAAUUUUAAAAGCUUUUAAAUGCAUCAGUAUUGUAGUUGAAAGCAGGCCUAAUGUACUGAGUACAAUGAAGACUAAUCAAGUGGUUUGAUUCAGCAGCAAAAAUGGGCUGAGACUGACAGUAAGCUUUUCUUUCUAUUUAAAGUGAGUUUAGGUCUUACCUUGAUAAAUGGCAGUAAUGGGGGCAACAGAAACGAAGGACUAAAGCUACCCUGGAUUUUCCUGUGAAUUACGUUAUCAUAAAUUUUAACCUAAUUUAGGUUAACUUCCAUGUAAAGUCCAUAAAAUGGAACUGUUUUGUGAAAUGAGGCUGUCUGGCAGUACUUGGCUUUAUCUGUUCUUGGAGAGGACACUGAAGACUUUCACAUUUUAAAAAAGAUUCCAAACAAGUAACAAUUUUACCUCUGAAAGAAAUACAAACCGUAUUGUUAGGAAGAUUUUUAUGGUUUUUGAACACAUUUUACAAUUCUGAACCUAUGGAAAAGCCUAGUCCCAAAGCUAUUGUGCAGACAGAAUACCUAUAUUAAUUUCAUUAACAGACCUCUCCAUGUACAACAAAUGAAACAUGGAAAACAGGAGUUAGGAGAAGUUGAUUUACAUGCAUAAAGCUUGGGGAGUACAGUGCAUUGAUACAAAACUUUGAUCUGGGGAAUAUUGUCAUAAACAGAUGACUACUUGUGUUGCUAGCACAUUUACUGUCCCUUCUAUAUCCAUGAAAGGCCUGUGAUGUAGUAGACUUCCAUCUUAUUUUGCUUUUAGUUCAUGUAAAUGCUGAUAUACUUCAUUCAGUCUUGCAAAAUCUACUUGCUGGGGCAAGUAACUUCAUUGAGUAAAAUAUUAUUUGUCUUAAAGGUGGGCAAGUAGAUAUUGUGCCUAGGCUAGUCAAUUCAUAUGGAUUUUGCAAAGCUGAUUUUACAGUACUUGGUAGAAUCAGUUUUUGCAGCCAUUUUCAGGCUCCAGCUAUACUUGACUGACAGGAGUUGCCUUAAUGCAGGGGAGAAGCAGGUGGUUCUUGAAAGAGAAACUGCUCCUGCUGUUUGAGCACAAACAAAUUCCAAGUUCUGUACAAUUUUCUCAGACAGCAUUUCUGAAUAGAACUCCUUCUCCCAAAACUGUCAGGAACAUCCUGCCUGCUGUCUGCAUAGCUAGUGGAAGUGUCUUGUCCCCCACUCCUGCCCACCCUUGCUUAUAGGUAUGUAAGCUAUUUCCAGUCCAAGUGAAAAUGUCAUGAGUAUGUUGGGGGGAGGGGAAAUGAGUGGAAGGACAUAGUUAGCAUUCAGUUAAAUGAUUUUGGUUAGUUCUGGUCCAGUCGUGUCUAAUAUUUUAGCUUUUCUUAAAUGAGAAAUUCAUUUAUGCAGCUAUAUCUUUAUUUAAAAUGGCAAACUGCUUCAAGGCGUAUGAUCAUGAGUUGUAUGCGCUUGGAUGCUGGAAAUUAUCCUUGUGCUGAACACGCCAAAAGCCCGUGCAUCUUUGUCACCAUGUGGUUUAUUGUUAUAUCCCAUCGUUUGAGUUUUAAGUAUGGUGCCUGCUUCUGAGAAGGUUUCACUUGCUUUAUGUACACAAGGAUAAUGGCUGAAUAAAUAAAUCAAUUAGUGGCAUACUAACAAUUUUGAACUGGGUUCCCUAAUGUUUGGGUUUUUUUCCCUGUAUAAUUUAUGAACACUAAGCCAAUGAACCCUUUUGGAGUAGAGUGCUUUCGUUCAACCUGGGAGAUUCUGCACUAUUGAACAUUGUUAGUUGUAUCUCUUGCAGUGGGCAACAACCUGGUCUGUCGAUUACAUUUUUACAGCAUCACAAAGCAGACCAGUGUGUAAAAUAUUGUCACUAGUUCCAAAUGACAAGGAUAAUAUAAGACUUUCCACUGCUUUAAACAGGCAAAGGUGGCCCUGAUACUUAGCAUUACAAUCCUACUAUGGCAAAUGUACUCUAUUUUUCUAGUUUCUCAGAUUUUUUUAACUAUUUCUGUAUUUGACAUAAUGUUAAAUUCAGUCCACAUCAGUACCAUCCAUUAUAAUUUGCAUAUGUUACCUUUUUAAUUUAAUAUAUUGGAGUCUGAGUCAAAAUAGACUGUUUUGCAAUAACUAGAAUAAGAUUUACAUCUUUUAUUUAGAGUUAAUUUCUUAACAGAAUCUAAUCAAAGAUGCAGAACAGCUGUGACAUAAGGGACCAUUUAAUGUGAUUCUAAUAUUCUGUUUACUAUUACGGAUGUAAUACUUAGUAAAUUUAAUUUUGUAAGUAGUGUAUAAUAUUGUAAUAUUAAACCUUUGUUUUCUGCAACUCAGACAUUGAUCUUGCGUGAAGUUACAAAUCUUGCCCCUUAUGAAUCUGAGACAGGAUUUACUUGUCCUCCUUUUUACAGUUUGUAAUUUUCACUGUUUUAUUCCUGUAAAAAGUCAUUUGUAACACAUGCAAAUGCUUAUUUUAUCUGUGCUAAUUUAUCAGAUUUGGCUACUCAAUAAAAUCAAUUGAAAGAAC